UAUAAAUACCACUCGUUCCCCAGAAAUUAAUUUAUUGCGACAACUAAAUCCACUCUCUAGUCUUGACUUGCAAAACUCAAACACUACUACUCCCUCACUCACUUAUAUAUAUAUGGAUAUGUUUGGAAGCUCCAACUCGGACCAGUUUCCCGGUGUGCAAGACGUGUGGUCGCCCUCAUCAUCUUCCGAAGCAGCGGCGGAACCUGCUGGUUCUUCUUCCCACAUUGGAAGCUCCGGCGCCGGCGCCGGCGCCACUUGUAUUCUUUCCGGCAAUCAAGAAGUGAUUCUAGCUUCCAACAGCCCCAAGAAGCCGGCCGGGCGGAAGAAGUUCAGGGAGACGCGCCACGCGGUGUACCGUGGCAUCCGGUGGCGGAACUCCGGCAAGUGGGUUUGCGAAAUUAGAGAGCCUAACAAGAAAUCAAGAAUCUGGCUUGGCACCUUCGCCACCGCCGAAAUGGCGGCACGCGCAUACGAUGUGGCGGCGAUUGCAUUGAGAGGGCGGGCGGCUGUCCUCAACUUCGCCGACUCCACGUGGCGGCUGCCUACUCCGGCGUCGUCGAGUCGUCAGGACAUUCAAAGGGCUGCGACGGAGGCAGCGGAGGCUUUUCGUCCUCAGUCAGCUGAUGAGCGGGGCCGGGAGGUGGAGGAGACCGCCGACGCUAAUGCCGCGUCCACGGAAACUUCCUUUUUUAUGGAUGAGGAAGCGCUGUUUGGAAUGCAUGGGUGGUUCCUGUCGGAUAUGGCGGAGGGCUUGAUGCUGCCGCCACCCCCUCUCUACAAUCAUGACGUCGAAAUGGAAGCAGUUGAUAUGCCUCUGUGGAGUUUUUAAUAUUAAUAAAUCAUUCAUAUCGAUCAAUAGUAACGGGAUUCAGUUAUCGGGUAGGAGUUAGCCCCUUAGGUAGGAAACAUUAGAAUUCGUACUCCAACAUUGUUUCUUUAAUGAAAGAGGUGUUCAUUUAUGGAAUUAUAUAUUUCUGAUGA